CGGAAACGGAAGCGCAAGACGAACAAGGCGAGAGAGAUGUCCAAAUCCUGCGAGUGCGAGUGCGAGUGCGAGUACGAGUACGAGUACGAGUGCUCCAGAUCAUCUAAACAACAACAACAAAGGCUCCAAGAUAUACAAGUCAUCGAAGAAUUGCAGGAAGAAAUCACGUUGUUACAGAUUUACAACGAGAAAUUGAAUGGUGACGACGAUUACUGCGGUGUGAGCUACACCGAGCUGUUGGAACUUGAAAGUUUGUUACGGCAGGGGUUCUGCAGUGUGGAGGAGCUACAUGAAAAGGCACUAGACGAAUUAAGAGUCGCGCAGGCAACAGAGUGCGACCUUAUGGGGAACGAAUGGGUUAGCAAAACCGAGGAGGAGGAUUUCGGAUAUCAUUGGGGUCUGGGAAAGAGAAGAAGAGCUUUGAGGCUCAAGGCUAGAGAACUCCGGCUCAGCGCUGGCGACAGCCCACAGGAGCAUAGCCGUGACCCUGAUAUUCGGAAGGAAGUCAUUGAUUCUUUGAAGAGCGAGAAGGAGAGACUACGUCUUUGGAACCAGAGAAUGAUUGGUAAAGAGAUCGACGGUAUGGGUUGCCACGAACUGCGGGUAUUUUCACUUGAUAUACAGCGUGGUUUGGGAAACGUGCGAAACAAGAUUCGUAGGAACGAGGACUAUGUCAUACAAGUGACAAAGCAUGCCAACGGGGAAUCAUCAUUCUGUCACCCAUUACCACCGUGGCCAACCUUCGACUCGAAAUUGAAUGGUGAUGAUCUCUGCGGUCUGAGCUACACCGAGCUGCAGGAACUUGAGAGUUUGUUACUGCAGGGGAUGGCCAGUGUGUCGGGGGAAAUAGAAAAGAUGUCUGUCAUCGAGUCUUUGAAGCGCGAGAAGGAGAGAUUAUGGCUUUGGAACCAGAGAAUGAUUGGUGAAGAGCUCGACGGUAUGGUUUACCACGAACUGACUAUGUUUCACUUCGAGAUAGGGUGUGGUUUGACCAAGGUGAGGCAGGAGAAGGCACGGAUAAGGCAGACCAACGGGACAAGCCCGGGACAGAUAUGAUCACCAUCGCCAAAGUCACGGGAAGACCAAUAACCAUGUUAAGAGAUGGUGGAACUUGUUGACUUCAUGGUUGGUUCGUACUAUAUUAAAGUGUGCCUCCUUUAUUUCUUUGUGUGUGUGUGUGUGUUUAACGUUGCUCGGAGCUUUUAUCUUUAACCACAUUUUAUGAUUGUUUUGGUACUAUCAACAUUAAACGGU